AAACUGCAUGUUGAAAAAUAUUAUGUUAGCGUAAACUAUAUCGUGAUUUGGUCGCUGGGCGUCUGCAGCACAUACUCACGAGUUUUAGUUAAUGUGGAAUAAGAAGUUUAUUCGGUUGUUUUGAGUGGAUUUAAACUGUUUGCUGCUGUUUUGUCUGAUCAUUACGACUGUGUGUGUGUGAUUGACUGACCCGAACUGAACAGGCGGCAGCAUGAAGCUCUUCAGUCUCAGCAUCCUCUACAAAGGAGCAACCAAAGCCAACCUCCUCAAAGCGGCCUACGACCUGUCCUCCUUCAGCUUCUUUCAGCGUUCCAGUGUUCAGGAGUUCAUGACCUUCACCAGUGCCUUGAUUGUUGAACGAACAUCACAAGGAACCCGUGCCUCUGUCAAAGAACAAGAGUACCUGUGCCAUGUGUAUGUGAGAAACGACAACCUGGGUGCUGUGGUCAUCGCAGAUGCUGAAUACCCACAGAGAGUCUGUUUCACAUUGCUGGACAAGGUAUUAGAGGAGUUCUCCAGGCAGGUGGACAGUAUAGACUGGCCCUCUGGUAAUCCUGAAACCAUAAACUACAAAGCCCUAGAUAUUCACCUUUCCAAAUACCAGAACCCCAGGGAAGCAGAUGCAAUGUCCAAAGUGCAGGCGGAGCUGGAUGAGACAAAGAUCAUUUUGCACAACACUAUGGAAAGUCUGUUGGAGAGAGGAGAGAAACUGGAUGAUCUUGUGGCAAAGUCAGAGCACCUGGGAAACCAGUCCAAAGCCUUCUACAAGACUGCACGGAAACAGAACUCCUGCUGUGAAAUCAUGUGAUGUCGCUGCCUCGUCCUUGUGGACACACCUGUCUCUGCCUUUCUGCUUUUCCUACAUCUCCCAUCAUGCACCAGUCACCAGCUCUCAACACAAAGGACCGAACUGACGAUGUCUUAUCCGGGAUGGGGUGCCAGGUUGAGAGCAAGAAAGGAUGGAAGGUGUUGGCCAGUCUAAGUGUGACCUAUCCGGAUUAUGACUGAUGGGGGCUGAGGGAGUGAUGGGUUUUGGUCAGGGAAAGAAGUAACAGCUGAAUUAUUUUUAACCUUUCAAGGGGUAAUCAUCUGUGCGGUGUUUCAGUACCAGCUGAGGACAUAAUAGUGUGAUGUCGUGUAUUGGUGAUGUGUUGUCUUCAAACCAUUUAAUGUUCUUCAGAUUGAAUCAGAGCUUAAUAGUUUGAUCUGAAAUCUUAAACGUUUUGAAAGAGUAUUAACAACGGUUGUGCUUCUGCUUUAUAGCAACUCUGACAAUCUCACAGUCUUAUCUAGUGAAUUCAUACAGUGUGUCACUGUUUUGUUUCAAUUCUUCAAAACUAAACUGUUUUUCUUGCAGGCGUAACCUUCAUGCCCACUAGGUAGCCCUGUUUAUUUACUGUAUUAUUCCAAUGAGCCUGAAUGUCCAGGUUAAUCUAAAAAC